AUGUAUGAAUCAAACAGCAUUGGAAGCCUUGGCAGAAACAAAUCCUAUGAAACAGUCGAAGAGGUACAUGUACAAAAUUGCAGCUUCAUUGGCACCACAAAUGGAGCAAGAAUCAAGACAUGGCCAGGUGGAUCUGGCUAUGCAAGAAAAAUCACGUUUGAGGAUAUCAUGUUGCAAGAUGUUCAAAAUUCAAUUAUUAUAGACCAGUACUACAACAUUAAAACUCUAAGCAAACUGGAAUAUGAUGCAGUGAGGGUGAGUGAAGUUACUUAUAGAGGGUUCAAUGGAACUUCUGCAAGUGAGAAAGCAAUUAAUUUGAACUGUAGCCCAUCUGGUUGUUUCAACAUUACAUUGGAUCAAAUUUACAUUGUCUCUUCAAAAUCUUCCCAACUUGCCUAUGCUUUUUGUAAGAAUAUUGCUAAUGGGACGAUUGGAUCCACCGUUCCAAAAGUAUCUUGUAUAUAA